AUGAGGUCUCCAGAACACCAGAAUGAGCCUCUACAACCAUCAACACCGCCAAGUGGGACGCGAACAGCAGGCAGCAACAGAUACCUCAAGACGCCCGUUAGCACACACCAAACCAAGCAUCAUCCGCAUACACCAUAUACUCCCCAUCAUAGUACCAGAAAGCAGGCCGUAGCAGUGUCCCCCGUUGCUCACCACACACGCGGACAGCAGCAACUGCAAACACCAGACCAGACGCCCAGGAUCGGCCGACGUAAAGAGCUGACAGAUGCAAUAGCCUCAAAAAUCGGCGAGUCUAGCGUUCUUUUCCCGCUGGCGCCCUCAACAGUUGGUUCUGGGCGCAAAUCGCAUAUUGGCGGGCCCAGACUAGAGAAUGCCGGCCUUGAUCUCAGCAAAUCUUACAAGAUCGAUCUGGAGGAGGAGCUACAAUUUUCGUCCGAGGAAGAGGGGGAAAAUCUACCUCAGAGACUGAACAAAGUCACCAAGAAGCUUGACUUCAACACCAAUGAAUUUGCUGUGCCGUCAACUCCCGCAAAACAGGUCAUGACAGAGGAACAAGCCUACAAAAUGCACAUUGCACCGCAGCGGUCCGACUCUGGCGACGACGACGAGCGAUUUGUCUCGCGAGUCACAAUGAAUAACCCGUUCCUGGAGAGCGGAGAGCCAAGGGCCCCAAGAGAAACGGCUCAUAAUUCUCGUUUCGAGGAGGAAAUCGAACUAGUCAACAACAAAACAGGGGAGAAGAUAGUUCGCAAAAUGACCGAUUAUGAAAAGUCUAUCAAAGCACGCCGCCUGGACUUUAACGGCGCUCUUCUUGAAGACGAGGCUCCCCAAACACCGCGCAAUAAGGUGACACCGGAACCAUUCAAGCAACAAGCGUGGGAAGAUGAGAACGAAGAUGGCGAAACAAUUCGAAAGGAGAAGAUAAAAAAUCCCUUUCGCGGGCCGUCCAUUUCAUCUGCAAGAUCACAAUCAACACGCAAAACAGGCCAGGGUCACCUGAGAUAUGUGGACAAGACUGGUAAGGCGGUGCGGGAGCUUGUGGACGAAGAGUCCCCAAUCAGACCGCGCAAAUUACGAUUUGACACUGAUUAG